CUAUAAUGUGAAUGGAAUGCUAAUGAGAUGAAACUGUACCUACUCAAAACUGGUUUGAGUCAGUCAGUCAUAUGAUCGCCGGAGAAAUUGAAAAAUUUUUGAGUACAUUUACAAUUCGAUGGAUUAAUUUUUAUUCGAAAUAUGCAGUACUUAUCACUCGCAUAAAUUAACAAAGAAAUACCGGCGUCAAACAGUCAUGGUGGGAGGAGUAAUUUAAUAACAAACGAGUACUUGUGAAAAAAUUUGUACUUCGAGUCCAUUCAAGUUGGUUGAAUCACUUAUAUUUUGUAAUCUAUUGCAGUCGAUCUGUUCAGUAAGAAGACAAGUACUUGACGACAAAAUACUCAAAGCAAAGGAACACCAAAUCAUCAAUUAAUACUCCAUUUACUGUGUGAGAAGAAAACCAUCAUCGCUAUUUUUAUCAUUGAUUUCCAUUAAUCGCACUGUUCCAAACGUAUUCCACAUCGUACGACGUAUAUCUCCAGUCCAGUAUGGCUACCGUUAUAACUGAAAAAUCAAGCAGCAAAUGCUUCGGUGGAUAUCAAAAAGUUUAUACUCAUGAAAGUAAAGAACUGAAUUGUUCUAUGAAUUUCGCUGUAUACCUGCCUCCUCAAGCAGAAAGCGAGAAGUGCCCAGUGAUAUAUUACUUAUCAGGAUUAACCUGUACCGAACAAAACUUCGUCCAGAAAGCCGGAGCUCAGAGAUUCGCGUCUAAACAUGGCUUAGUCAUCGUUACUUGUGAUACAAGUCCACGAGGUUGUAACAUUCCCGGUGAAGAUGAAAAGUGGAAUAUUGGCACCGGAGCCGGUUACUAUGUGAAUGCUACUCAAGAACCGUGGAGUAAACAUUACCGUAUGUACUCGUAUAUCAUCAGUGAAUUACCUUCAAUUAUUGAAGAGCAUUUUCCGGUAUUACCCGAUAAACAAAGCAUCAUGGGUCACAGUAUGGGUGGUCAUGGAGCUUUUAUAUGUGCUUUCCGUAAUCCUGGAAGAUUCAAGAGUGUGUCUGCUCUAGCUCCGGUCUGUGAUAGUGGAAGAUGUAGACCAUUCAAAGAAGGGUUCAAAUUAUACUUCGGAGGUGAGCCUGAAGAUGGUAGUUGGGAUGAAUGGAAUGCUACCAAAUUGGCCACCAAAUACAACGGUCCUCCUUUACAAAUUUUAAUCGAUCAAGGAACUGACGAUGAAUUUUUAAAUGAUUUGUAUCCUACUGAUUUCACCGCAGCAUGUACGUCUUCGGGUGUUUCGGUUAUAUUGAACAUGAGAGAUGGAUACGAUCAUGGAUAUUAUUUUGUAUCUACCUUUAUCGAAGACCAUUUCGAAUAUCAUGUGAAAUUUUUAAAACAAUAAAUUCGUAUAACAACUCGCUUAUUA